AAACAAAAGAAAAAGAACAGAAAAGAUUGGCUUCCCACCCGCUGGUUCCUGCGUUAACUUUUGCGUCGAUGGUGAGUGGAGUGGAUACAUGAAUUGGCAGCACUGCAGAGUCUGAGUUUUCGUGUGUCCUCUUCCAUUCUCUUUCCUUCGGCAUUCUCAAUCAUUCACUCGCCGUUCAAUUCCAUUUCGCUGCCCUCCCUAUUUUACCCUAAAUUUGUUCAUCCGUUCCUAAGAUUUCGUCCCUAAAUCUUGACCCCUCCCUCUAAACGAGUCAGCGUAGUCAUCGUCAUUUCCUUCUUCGUCUUCUUCUAUCUUCUUCCAUUUCCAUCUCCCCCCCCCUCUCCUUCGUGGGCUCUUGUGAAGGAUAGCUUUCCUUGGAUUUUAGCAGAAAUGGCGUCGAGUAUAGGUAUCAUGGACAGUGCCUAUUUUGUCGGUAGGAAUGAGAUUUUGAAUUGGAUCAACAAUAGACUUCAGCUGAAUCUCUCACGCAUUGAGGAGGCUGCAUCUGGUGCUGUGCAAUGCCAGAUGAUGGACUUGACAUAUCCAGGGGUUGUUCCAAUGCACAAGGUGAAUUUUGAUGCAAAAACAGAGUAUGAUAUGAUACAGAAUUACAAAAUUCUGCAGGAAACGUUUAACAAGCUGAAAAUUGACAAGCAUAUUGAAGUUAACAGGCUUGUUAAAGGACGACCUUUGGACAACUUGGAGUUCUUACAGUGGCUGAAACGCCACUGUGAUUCUGUGAAUGGUGGCAUUGUCAAUGAGAACUAUAAUCCUGUGGAGCGAAGGAAUAAAGGUGGAAAGGACCGGACUAAGAGUUCUAUGAGGAACACAAAAUCACUGCAGACGAACAUCAUGAAUAAUCCUGCUUCAAGCAAUUCAUUCAAUUCUAAUAGAACUUCUGCGUCCAAACAAUUUCAGCCAAGUGAAGCAGCUUCUUCAGCAGAGAUUCAGGCUUUGUCAAAGGAGGUUACUGAUCUCAAACUAUCUGUGGAUCUCCUGGAAAAAGAAAGAGACUUUUACUUUGCAAAAUUGAGGGAUGUAGAAAUUCUUUGCCAGACCCCAGAACUAGAGAAUCUCCCUAUGUCCGUUGCAAUAAAGAAGAUUUUGUAUGCUGCUGAUGGAAAGGAAUCAGCGUUAGAAGAAGCUCAGGAUUAUCUUAACCUAAACUUGAAUAUUGAUGAGGCUGAGGAACAAGCUGAAGCUGAAGCUGACCCGAGCCCGAAACUUGAUCAUCUUAUAAAAAUAGCCUGUCCUGAUGCUGUUUAACAAGCCUACUGCUGUUUUUAGUAACAUGAUGCCGCUGAUCCUUGUGGCUAUGGAAUGGUGCUUUUGUUACCCUUGAACGAGCUGGAUGGACAACGACAGAGCAAGUAAUAACUAGUCUUUCUAGCGCAGGUUUUAUCACCAUCCUUUUCUUCUACUGAAUAAGAUUAUAAAAACUUCUAACUACUGUAGUUUGAGGAAUGGAAGUGGUUAUUAUAGGCUUAUAGCUACAGACCAUGGUUGGGAGUAUCGUUUUGUGGGCCCCCUGUUAUUUAUGAUAUUAGCUGCCUAGUUUUUUGAGUGCUUUUUUAUGUCUCGAACAACGUGACUACUGUAUUUAACUUUGUCAAUUAUUUCAAUUUUAAUUUAUGAAAUCAGUCUUAACUUAUCA